CAUAGGAUCAACAGCUUAGGAAAUGUAAAUUGUUCGGCUUGUUCGUACUGAUGUUAAAGAAAGCUGUAUGGAUUUAAUAUAUUUACGAAAGAUAGUGAUUUUGCUGGUAGUGGCACAGAUGAACGGCGGCUUCGGGGCAGGAGACCAGGAAGGUUGCGCACACGGCGCUUCUAAUUACACUUUUAUCGAACGAGCGGUUGAGAGUGUGAAAAAAAAUGUCAUGGUAUAUCGCCUAGUGAGCUACAAACCAUCUUGUGACUUUAUCGGACAACUGAUCGACAUGAUUAACAAUAAAUGUAAAGAAAAAACAAGAAUUGAGUCUCAAUCUGAGCUGAGGUACCACAACAUAAUCAACAUCACCAACGUGACCAAGUGUUGUAUUGGAUUCAUUACAGAAAAUGAUAUCUGCGUUAAAGUCAAAUCAAACAACUUUCCAACGGGUGCACUUACUGUGGGAGUUAUUGGUGCUGUUAUAGUGUUGGGUGCUGCUGUCGUUAUAACUUUCUUGGUCACAAGAAGAUUAUUACAAAAGGAAGCACAAGGCCACAACGACGAGCGAGAUGAUACAAACCCUGGAGGGGCAGCAACUCAACCCGGACUAUACGAAACGUUGGAUAUAGCCAGCAUGGAGGAACGUGACAGGGGGGAUGCCUUCACAGUGUUAUUCACGACAGGGCAAGCUGGAGUGCCGGACAGUGACCAUUACGAAACAAUACCGAACUAAUUGCAAUGGAUAUAGCAACAAUAAGUCAGAGUUCUCACUCUGAUACAAACACGAUGACAACAUCGGUCAGGAAAUGACAACACAGGUCAAGAAAUGAAAAUUCACGUCUGAGCAGAACCUAUUUCAAAAUUUUGGUUUAGGUUCUAAUUCGUAUGAAGCACUAGACUAAAGUACAGAGUAGAACAAACGUUAACUACUCUACGUUUAUAAAUGUAUCAUGUUUAUUGCUUUGUUAGGAAAGAUGUCGGCUACUUGUUUGGAUACUCGUUUUUCUAGAUCUUCGUAAGAUUUUAAGAAAUUUCAUUUACAAACACUGUAAAAUAUUAAAAACUGUCGAAAAAUAGCUCAUUGAGCUAAUGUUUUUUUUUCGACACAUACCCGACUUUAAAUAGAUAUUUUUGUUUCUUGUAUCUUGUACUUCAUACUGUUCACUUUUUCCCAGCAUUAUGUAGGUUUGUAUUCCUAUUAUGAAUGAGUGUUACAAUAUGAGGAUUGUUGAAGCUUGCUUUUCAUAAUGAAUGACAUCAAUGUGUAAAUGAGAGAUGACUUGGUCUAAUGUAAUCAUUGUAAAUAUCAUUAAUAUUGUUUAAUCCAUAUUAUGUAAACAAGACACACAUUAACCUUUAGUAAAUAUUUUAUCUUGUAGCAGUAGUAGUAGUAGUAGUAGUAGUAGUAGUAGUAGUAGUAGUAGUAGCAGUAGCAGUAGCAGCAGUAGCAGUAGCAGCAGCAGCAGUAGUAGUAGUAGUAGUAGUAGUAGUAGUAGAAGUAGUAGCAGCAGAAGCAGUAACUACUUAAAUAUUUCAAAGAAAUGAAAGGAUCCUACAACACUGUUAACAAAGAUUUCGGCGAUAUUAUAAAACAUUGCAUAUAUGAUUAAAUUUGUUUAUCUUCUUCUCAGAUAUUUGCUUACAUAAUACAUUGU